AUCAGCGGGUGGGUGCAUGGGUGGACCGAUGAUGGCUGGCUGACUGGGAGCCUAGGAGGUCUCCUGAAGACCGAAGAGGGACCCCUUUCCCCCUUCCCACCACCUGUGUGCUGCUGCUUAGCAUGGCCUCUCCCAGAGCACUGAAGGAGGGCUUUGCAGCGGGCCGGUGGGAGAGGCGAGGUUGAGAGGAGCUGGGGAAGGAGAGUGGGGAGGAGGAGGGCCUUGGAGGCGGAGAAGAGGGGCGGCGGGCGCCCGGGGAGCCUGGCGCUGGCAGCAGCUCUGGCGGUUAGGGGACCGAUGUCGCUGCCGCUGCCGCUGCGGGCGCCUCCUCGCGGGCCGGAGCUGCGUCGCCCGGGCUGAGCCGCAGCCGCAGCCGCAAGCCGAGCGGCCGCCAGGCGCGCCCGCAGCACGGGAGGAUGGGCUGCGGCGGGAGCCGGGCUGAUGCCAUCGAGCCCCGCUACUACGAGAGCUGGACCCGGGAGACCGAGUCCACCUGGCUCACCUACACCGACUCGGACGCGCUGCCCAGCGUCGCCGCCGCCGACAGCGGCCCCGAGGCGGGCGGCCUGCACGCGGGUGUGCUGGAAGAUGGACUGUCCUCUAAUGGUGUGCUCCGAUCUGCAGCCCCAGGUGGAAUAGCCAACCCAGAGAAGAAGAUGAACUGUGGGACACAGUGUCCCAACUCCCAGAGCCUCAGCUCAGGCCCUCUGACCCAGAAACAGAAUGGCCUUUGGACCACAGAGGCUAAAAAAGACGCCAAGAGAAUGUCCACAAAAGAAGUCGCUAUUAACGUUACAGAGAACAUCCGGCAGAUGGACAGAAGUAAAAGAAUCACAAAGAACUGCGUCAAUUAGCAGGGCCUAGAUGUAGGAGCAGAGGAACUUCAUUGUGGAGUUCAAUCAAAGAAUCUUGAAGAAGUGGGUGUCCCUUGUAAACAUGGCUGCCUCUGAGCAUCUGUAGAGAUGGCUUGACCAGGUAACACACAGCCACCCGCGCUGUGAGGACCUUCUCAGCUUCCUGUUUAUCACAUACAAAAAAAAAAUGGAUGGAAAAGUUCUGAAAUAUGUUCACAGAUUGCCAAAAUGUGGUUUGUUUUUCCCCUUUGCAGCUUCCGUAGCAUGGUCUGCUGUAGCCACGGUGAAAUUCAUGGGUCUGUGAACGACAUAGAAAUGCAGAAGUAGUGGAUUUCUGGGGCAAGGGUCACACACUAGUGUGAAGCUCUCACCAUGUGUGGUCUUAAACAAGCCCCUUCUCUCCUCCUCUCUGUCUAAAAACAACUAUCACAAAACACAGUGUUUUCACUUUAGAGCUGGUUCUCAUCUAGUUCUAAACCCAGAAAUAUAAGAACCAGAGAAACAGAAAAACUCAGUUUGAGAUAGCUCGACCCCAGCUGCAAACAUUGACUCCACCAGUGCCCGUGGAGUGUCUUUGAGAGGAGUCUGUGACACAGUCACACCUGCUCAUCUUCUACCUGGAAAGGCCACCCCCAAGGUUGGCAUCCAGACAUUGGCUUCCAAAUCAGAGUAUCACAAUGCCCGAGGCCAAUGCAUCCAACCUGCAGGCCCCUCUGGGACCUAGCUAUGUGUUGCUUUUUCAUAGCUUUCCAGUUCCCGUUUAUUCCCAUGACCUCCAGUCAGGUCAUUUGCAACUGUAAAUCGAAGACUGGAUACCAGGAGGGAAGUGACCUAGGAACACAUGGUGGCACACACGAUGCCCCUUUGCCCUUUCUGUAGACAGCCCCGAGGACUAUGUUAUUUUGGUAUCUGCAAAGCAAUUUGUUCAGGAAGGCGGAACCUGGUUGAUGUGUAUUCAUGUUGACGUUAGCCUGACAAGGCACUGUGUUGGAAAACAGGCAGUCAACACAGCAAAAUGAUGAUGCUUCGAGAGGAAUCUUUUUCUAGCAUUUUUAAAACACAUCUUCCUGCAAAGUAUAACAUAAUGAGAGUUUGAGAGGACUGUUAACAAGCUUGGGCUUAGGAAAGGUGUAGUCUGAGUUGUAUCAAACUGUACCAACAAACUCCACAUUUAGCAGCAAUAGCAGCCUGGUGACAUGUUUAUACGACACAGUCCAAGAACAGUAACCUCAGUAGACUAAAAUGCAGAUGCUCACCCCUUUUCUGAUAUUAUUUCUCCAACAUGUAGAAUGGUAGACCGUGUAUUUUUUAGUAAUAAACAUUCACUGCCAACCUUGUGCCAGCUGCGGUAACAGUUGUGGAGGGAUUUGGAGUCUGGCCAGUCACGACUGUCCCUUCUGACUCUAUAGAUGAGCUUGAUACUCAGGAGACUGACUUGGACCCUACGGCACAGGACCAAUUAUUACAGUGGAGUCUCACUUUUAGGUUAAAGGUAGCUUUCUGUCAACCACAGAUGUAGGUAUUUGCCUGCCCACUGUCCAAGCCUUUACUGUAUACACCACAGUCUCCCCAGCCUCUCUCCUCUUGACUCCUUGUCAAAGGGCUUUUAGGGAACUUCGUGUUCUGACAAUUUAACUAAUAAAACAAAAGCAAGCCCCGUGACUCCCGUGUCCUCAGUGGCACCGCUCGGCAGGAACCCUGCUGCAAGGUUGCCGGCAGUGGGAUCCUGCGAGCUCAAGGGCUUGCUCUCCAGGGCAUGUGCGCUGUGUUUGGACAUGCUGCUCCCCCAGCUGAUACGCUGUCAGCCACAGGCUAAGGCCAGCUUCUCUUCCCCGCUCUGUGUUUGCCUCAGUUCACUGAUGCACGCUGUUUGGAAUUCACCAUCUGGAAAAGUGGUCUCUGCCUGUAUAGGAAUAUUUUCUCACUUUCAGAGAAGAAGGAAUGGAGGGAGGGCCUGUGAUCUGGCCACACCGUUGAAAUUUCCAUCUGGCAAAUUUUAAAUGUGUGUCUAAGACAGGAACUGAUUCUUACUAUCCUAUUGGAUAACAUUUUCCAUUUCUAAGUUUGUGUCAAUAAAGUCAUUAAUUUCAAACACA